AUGAAAUAUGCUGCAUUUGUGCUGCUAUUAACGUGCUGGAUCGUGGCUGUAGAAGCUGUGAAUGAACGCGAUCUUCGUCUAGCACUGGCACAACUUGUAACUUCAUCAGAGAAUCAACACAGCGUCACGGUUCAAGACUUACUUGAAGGCCCUCCUGAGCUUACUACUUCACUCCCGCUGUUUAACCAACUCGUCAGAGAAGACCGAAGAGAACUUCUUUGCCAAAUUGGUGAGCUACACCUCUUCGGAGACGGCUCUGUGUCUCACAACGCGACUCAUGCUGAGCUAUUCCUCGACGCUAGUGCAAGGUUAGGCAGUGCUCAAGCGCAGUUCCUGCUCGGUACUCAGCGAGCUUCAUCUAAUGACAGUGCAUCUGCACACUUGUACUACGAGUUUGCUGCUCAUGGGAGUUCAAUUGGAGCCACAAUGGCACUUGGAUAUCGUGCACUGCACGGCUACGGCUCCACAAAGUCGUGUUCAACUGCGAUGAGGCACUACAAAUUCGCUGCGGAUCGUGUUGUGGCUGAACAGAGUGAUCAAAGACUUCAACUGUAUGCGUUCCCAGAGCCUACUCGGCUUUCAGAGACUGAAGGAGCACGAUAUCACUUGGACCUCAACCCCGCUGAGGACUUCAAUCGAGCUGAGUACCUUCGACAGCGUGCUGCAGAUUUCCGUAGUGCAGAUCUGAUGGUCCAGUCCGCGAGUAUCACUCUGUUCAGUGAUCUGUACAAGACUGCAAGUACAACUAAUUUUGAGGAGCACACUGCACGAGAACGACAAGCCCUAUUAUUUCUAAGACGUUCAAUUGAAAUGGGGAAUAUCAAGGCUCAAGCGCUCUUAGGUCACGUGUACGCUUACGGUCUUACUGGAUACCCGGUUAAUGUUACGAGAGCUGUGGAACUGUACGAGUCUGCGUUGAAUGCGUCGCACAGCAGACCAAGUGGCGAAGCUGCUAAUGGUCUUGGUGUGAUUUACUCACAAGGUAUCGGAGACGUACCUGUAGAUCUCGAGAAAGCUCGAAAUCUCUUCAUGGUUGCUGCAAAUGCAGGGCAUGCUGAAGGUGUCUACAAUACCGGCAUGGCAUUCAUGAAAUUAGGAGCGUACCACACAGCGCGUGCUAAGGAAUAUUUCGUUGCAGCGGCACAUGUGGGUCAUCUCAAGUCGCUCUUCCAACUCGCUCGGAUCAAGCAGCGACAGACUCAUGAUAUCGGCGCUAGAGCGAGCAGUGUCUCGUGUGAAGAGGUUGUUGAACUCUAUAAACGUGUGUCUGAAUACUCUCGUGAAGGCACAGCAUUAAUGACACAGGCGCUGACCCACGCCCAACGUGGUAACUGGGCGCUCGCACUCGAGUUAUACUUGAUUGCAGCUGAAAUGGGCUACGAAGUCGCGCAGAGCAACGCGAUCUGGCUCAUUGAACGCAUACAACGGCAAAUAUUUGGCACUUCAACCAGUCGAAACUCGAAGCUACUGGGACGUUUGUACGCGCAGCUAGUAACCCGUGCCGUUGGUCAAGAUAGCGUCGAAGCAUUACUGCGUAUGGGUGACGAUGCCUUUCAGGAUCAAGACUAUAGUCUAGCGUUGAGGCGCUAUCAACAUGCUGACCUAGUGAGUGCUGGAACUUGCGCUCGUGCUCUCUACAGCGUCGGCUAUAUGUACGAGCACGGUUACGGAGUCUCUUUCGCUUCGACGGAGCGGGCCUCACUGUACUAUCAUCUCGCAGGCGUGAAAGAACCAUCUUUACGUCUUGUUAUGGCUGCGUUGAAUCUCAAAUUACGCGUCCACAGCACCUUUAACCAGUUUAUCAACCGUGUACAUCAGGCUUGGACAGCAACGACACAUGAGGCUGCUACAAUUGAAGACUCAUCAACGCCACAAGACGAAGGAUCGAUCCCCACAUCACGUGACAUUUCAGAGUUUGACAAGCCAAGUGCUUACCAUCGAUCAAUGAAGAUGCUUGAUUCGGAUCAAGGCUCGAGCGCAGAUAGCAGCACGCCACACGAAUACGCUGCUGCGUUACGAUUCCAAGGGGAUCUGUCCCAGCUUCUUAUUGAGUUUGCUCGCGAUGAAUUGCCAUUGGAACAGCAAGACUUUACUAUUGAAACGUGGUUGCGUAUCGACGACUUGCCAUCAGAUGAGGUGGUAACUCUAGUCGAUGCAUUAGACAAUUUCCAAUUGGAGCUGCUACGUGCCUCUGGAAAUGUGGAUUCCUGGAUGCUGCGAUUCCGAAAGUUUUCUUUAGUGGAUGAACAACUCCCUGAACUUGUGCUUCGCUUUCCCAAAGCUCCAUUGACUCCGCAUACGUGGUAUCAUGUGGCUAUUACGUUUGAUGCCACAUUCCAGACUGUCAUGCUAUUGCUCAACGGUAAAGUGAAGCAGGUGCUGAGUUUCCGUCCCCAUCCAGCAGCACUGACUCGCAGUGAAGACGCUACUGUUGAUGGAGAUUCUUCAUCCUCCUCAAAGUUCCUCGCUAUCGGGAGUACGAUCGGUCGUAUCUAUGGAAUGAGUCCUCCCAAUUCUCGAGUGUUCUCGGGCCAACUUGUACACUUUCGUCUGUGGAAAACGCGCAAGACUGCGAAGGAAAUCAGUGUGCUUAUGCUGGAGCAAUAUGAUGAAGUGGCAACGCGAAAUUUACUGGUUCACUUGCGCUACAAGCUUAAUGGUGCGUCCAUAUCCAGUACCAGUUCGAAAUCAACGAAUCGAGUGAUGAAUGGAGACCAAACUGUUCCUGAUGCUCAGGGCGUUCAACUUAAGAUCGUGGAGUUCCCACCAUCCAACUAA